UUGUUGGAUAAUCACAGUGGUUGAUAAGGUUUGUGAUGGAGGAAGGGUUUUUAUACUUUUUGAACAGGGAAAAAUAAAAUAAACCCUGAAAAUUAUACGAGGGAAAAAUGGUUUUGCUCAAAAAGUCUUGUGGGUAGAAGUUUGUUUUUCAUAACGUCUGUCAAAAAAUGUGGACAGUUUUACUACUUAAUGAAAUGUUUGGGUGUCUUUGUACUUUUGUUACCCUGGAGGAGGUAUUUGUUAUUGACUCCUGCCAGUGUAAAACUAACUAAGGCAGUUUUCUUUUGGUGUGUUGUGAAGAAGAGAAUCCUCUGUUCCGUUACUAAUCCAUUAUAUUUUGCUAUGAAGUAGAAGAAUAGGUGGUCACGGAGUCCAGAACAAGGUUUUUCCAAACUUUAUUCAUUGUUGAAGGCCAUGAAAGACAGAGAAAGACAAGUCAGAGCUUUUGGUGCAAUGAAGGCCUUAGGUAUUCCAAAUAAAGAGUUGAAACCAGUGUUGUUGGACCUUUUGGAAGUGUUUGAAUGGAACUGGGAACCUCUAGAAGCAGAAGAUUACCGAGCACUAAAAGAUGCAUACUUUGAGCUCAAGGAAAAUCAGAAUGGAUUAGAAGACAAAAACGUAGGUGUUGUGGAGCAUGAUGAGUCCGAUGUACCUCCUAAAAAGUUGCAUUUGGGACAGCAGGAAGAUAAAGCUUCAUUAGCAAUGGUUAACUCUAGUCAAACAUUACCUCUAGAGGAGGAUGAAAUGCCUAAAACUAAUUCCAGACAUGGAAUUAUGGAGUCACCGUGGGCACAUUUAAUGAACAGAAGAACUGCAUCUAAAUCUGUAGUUCCGAAUACACAGCUCAGUUGCAAAAGGAAGGAGCGAAGUUCUUCACUUGUGGUCCUUAGAGAUAGAAAAUCAACUCAGAAUGGGGAGUCUGCAAUUUGUUCUAAACAGCCAUUGGAUGCACAUGGUUGUUCUCAUAGAUUGAGAGAAAUUACACCCGAUUCUCAUUGUGUAAAAAAAUUGAUAAAGCCAAAAACUGAUCUACCUGUUGGUAAGAUGGCACAUGUUUCAGAACCUAUUCCAGUUGUCCAUCCAGUGAUGGGCUCUUCAACAGGGAAUCACAAUGAAGACGAUACUUCAGCAUGCAGUGGCAGUACAAGUUGCAAGAGAAAUCUUGAAAUUGCUUCAUCAGCUAUGGGAGAGGUGAAGUUAUCUCUGAACUAUAAUUUUCCCCCUGGUGAGGGAAACUCCAGGGGUCCAAAUAUUGAUGCAGUUCUGAAACACUUGGAGCAUAAAUACCUCAGAUUAGACAAAAUCGUGGGGCCUCAAUUUUCUGUGAAGAAGUUACUGAAAGAUUUGUGUGAUAGUUUUUCGGAAGUGCAUAAUAAAUUCACUAGUGGUUCUGGUAUAAAACAUUCUUCUCAUGAGGUGUAUAGAAAUGUUGGGGAUCAUUGUUCUGCUACAGGGAAGAAGAAAAAAGGUUCUAAAAUUGUUCGUUCUGAAACUGAUCUAAGUAAGAAGGUUUUAAAUUGUUCUGGGUCUUCGAAUUCAUCCAAUCUGGCAAAUCAGCAGCUUCCUGUCAGCCGUGACAAGAAGAAGCCCAUCCAAAGCAUCAGUGACAUAACAAAAGGUGCAGAAAAUGUGAAAAUUUCAUUGGUAGAUGAUACUGGGAAUGAGAAUUUGCCAAAAUUUACAUACAUCCCACACAAUAUAGUCUACCAAAAUGCUUAUGUACACAUCUCACUAGCCAGAAUUGCGGAUGAGGAUUGUUGUUCAAGUUGUUCAGGAGAUUGCCUCUCAUUUUCAAUACCAUGUGCAUGUGCACGUGAAACUGGUGGAGAGUUUGCUUACACACCACAAGGUCUGCUGAAAGAGGAAUUUCUAAGAGCUUGUAUGCAAAUGGAAAAGGGACCUCUUGAACAACAUCUUGUUUAUUGUCAAGACUGCCCUAUAGAGAGGUCUAAGAAUGAACACUUUCCUGAAAAAUGCAAGGGCCAUAUUGUCAGAAAGUUUAUCAAAGAAUGUUGGAGAAAAUGCGGUUGCAGUAUGCAGUGUGGAAAUCGAGUUGUACAGCGAGGUAUUACAUGCAAAUUGCAGGUGUUUUUGACUGACAAAGAAAAAGGAUGGGGUGUUAGAACACUUCAGAAUUUGCCUAAAGGAGCCUUUGUCUGUGAGUAUGUUGGGGAAGUAGUGACCAACACAGAAUUAUAUGAACGGAAUAUGCAAAGUGACGGCAAUGAGAGACAUACAUAUCCAGUUACAUUAGAUGCUGACUGGGGUUCUGAGAGAGUUUUACAGGAUGAAGAGGCACUUUGUUUAGAUGCAACAUUUCGUGGUAAUGUUGCAAGGUUUAUAAAUCAUAGAUGUUUUGAUGCCAACUUGAUUGAUAUUCCGGUCGAAGUGGAGACUCCUGAUCGUCACUAUUAUCAUCUUGCCCUUUUUACAACAAGAGAAGUGAGUGCUUUAGAAGAACUGACCUGGGAUUAUGGUAUUGACUUCAGUGAUCAUGAUCAUCCUAUAAAGGCAUUCCAGUGUUGUUGCGGAAGUGCAUUCUGCCGAGAUAUAACACAAAAUAGUUAGUGUAUAAUUGUUUUGGUGCUGGGCUACUAUCAUUUUGGUGGAGUAGGUUAAUUACUUUCUUCAAAAUGCUGGGAUGAACUGACUUAUUGAGUAGAAAAACUUUGCACAGACUGCCGAUUCUUGUACAAUACUCCCUUGCUGUACAAAAUCCGAGAAAUUUAAACACAACGGUGACUAUUCCAUUACUCCUUGCACACGUCUGACUACACAAGGAUUUUGGAAGUAUUUUGCUUAGGAGAUUAGUUUCUUGUUGAAGUUCUUAAACAGCAAUUUGUUUAAAUGAAUGUUUUUCUGUUACUUAAAUAGAAGGCAAAUUUCCAUGAGGGAAAUUAUUAUGGGGUGAGCUAAAUUUUCGGGUGGACCUGAAACCGAGGGGUACCCGAUGUUUCGAUUUCGGUUCUUAUCCGAAACUGACACUGUGCGGGUUGGUUUUGGUUCUCAAAUGUAUGGAGCCGGUAUUGUGUGGUUCUGGUAUCGGUUCCACCAAUUCAAGAAAUCAAAACUGAGAUCUGGGUACUCGUGUUGGAACCGAUUUAAGAAUUGGGACUUAACUAAUAUUUUUAGGAUAUUUGAUGGACUUAAUUAAUAUUUUAAGAUAUUGCAUUCGGAUUCUCACUCUUCUCCUCCUCUUCCACCUUAGUAUCUGCUUUUGCUUGCUUUUUCUUCUUCUUAUCGGAUUUCAAAUUCACAGGCUCUCCUAAUUCUGAGCUCGUUUCACUUCUUUCUUCGUCAUCUUCUUCCAUAACCUUUAGCUUCUUGCUCUCUUUCUUCUUAGACCUUUCAGAGUCAUCCACCUUAUUCUUCGACUCUUUUUUUUUUCUUCGGUCAAAAACUUAGUUUUGUCUAAGCUUUGAAGAGUUAUUUUCUUUAUCUUCUUCUCUUCUUUCAUUCUAUUAACAUCAAAGAGUGCUAAAGAAGGCAUGUGGAGAGAGGUAUAGAGAGUUUCUCCUGUUUCACAAAAUUGUGGAAAUGAGUCGUAAAAGUAGUAUAUGGAGAGAGAGGAAGAAUAAGAGUCAGGGUUUGAGUUUUUAAUGUUUGGGGGUAGAGCUAUUUUGGGUUGUUGGAUGCGAAACCCUAUUUGUGUUUGGAUAUUUACUGUUAGAUUUAAUUUGAAGAUUUGCAACGGAACACUCGUUCUACAUCAAGGAAUGCUUGUUCCUCUAUCCUCCAAGCUGUUCUAGGCAGGAACGACAUUGUUCCUCUAGUCGUUCAUCAUUAUGUCAAGUUUGUAACUUUAAUUAUAUGAACA